UCUGCUGUCAAGUAGCUGGGCUGGGCUCCGCCGAGGCUGGGAGGGACGCGGGGUGCGGAGAUGCGCUCCCAGGUGUUUGCAGCGCGAGUGGGAAACCUGUAGGUGAUGGUCCAGCUGUGCCGCGCCGACCCGAGCAGGAGCAGAGAACACAGAUAUCCAAUUUGGGUCAUUUCUGAAGCUGAAUUCAGAAAAAUCCUAAGGUGUUUAUUAUCCAGCUACCAUAAACCCAAAGCUUUUUUGGAAAAUCAAAACUAACCUUUACUCCAAACAAGAUGAAAAUGUGGUUGCUGGUCAGUCACCUUGUGAUAAUAUCUUUUACAAGCUGUUUAUCAGAGUUUACAUGGUACAGAAGAUAUGGUCAUGGAGUUUCUGAGGAAGAUAAAGGAUUUGGACCAAUUUUUGAAGAGCAGCCAAUCAAUACCAUUUAUCCAGAGGAAUCACCAGAAGGAAAAGUUUCCCUAAACUGUAGGGCACGGGCCAGCCCUUUCCCAGUUUACAAAUGGAGAAUGAAUAAUGGGGAUAUUGAUCUUACAAGUGAUAGGUACAGUAUGGUAGGAGGAAACCUUGUUAUCAACAACCCCGACAAACAGAAAGAUGCUGGAAUAUAUUACUGCCUAGCAUCAAAUAACUAUGGGAUGGUCAGAAGCACUGAAGCAACCCUGAGCUUUGGAUAUCUUGACCCCUUCCCACCUGAGGAGCGUCCUGAGGUCAGGGUGAAAGAAGGAAAGGGAAUGGUGCUUCUCUGCGAUCCUCCAUACCAUUUUCCAGAUGAUCUUAGCUACCGCUGGCUUCUAAAUGAAUUUCCUGUAUUUAUUACAAUGGAUAAACGGAGAUUUGUGUCUCAGACAAAUGGAAAUCUCUACAUUGCGAAUGUCGAGGCAUCAGACAAAGGCAAUUAUUCCUGUUUUGUAUCCAGUCCUUCUAUUACAAAGAGUGUGUUCAGCAAAUUUAUCCCACUCAUUCCACUACCUGAACGAACAACAAAACCAUACCCUGCUGAUAUCGUAGUUCAGUUCAAGGACAUAUAUGCAUUGAUGGGACAAAACGUGACAUUAGAGUGUUUCGCACUUGGCAAUCCUGUUCCUGAUAUUCGAUGGCGGAAGGUCCUAGAACCAAUGCCAAGUACUGCUGAGAUCAGCACCUCUGGGGCUGUCCUCAAGAUCUUCAAUAUUCAGCUAGAAGAUGAAGGCACAUAUGAAUGUGAGGCUGAGAACAAUAGAGGAAAGGAUAAACACCAGGCAAGAAUUUAUGUUCAAGCAUUUCCUGAGUGGGUAGAGCAUAUCAAUGACACAGAGGUGGAUAUAGGCAGUGAUCUCUAUUGGCCUUGCGUGGCCACAGGGAAGCCCAUCCCUACAAUCCGAUGGCUGAAAAAUGGAUAUGCGUAUCAUAAAGGGGAACUGAGACUAUAUGAUGUGACUUUCGAAAAUGCUGGCAUGUACCAGUGCAUAGCUGAAAACACACAUGGAACCAUUUAUGCAAAUGCAGAGUUGAAGAUCUUGGCUUUGGCUCCAACUUUUGAAAUGAAUCCAAUGAAGAAAAAGAUCUUGGCUGCUAAAGGAGGAAGGGUCAUAAUUGAAUGCAAACCUAAAGCAGCACCUAAACCAAAAUUUUCAUGGAGUAAAGGGACAGAGUGGCUUGUCAAUAGCAGCAGAAUACUCAUUUGGGAAGAUGGCAGCUUGGAAAUAAAUAACAUCACAAGGAAUGAUGGUGGUAUCUAUACGUGCUUUGCAGAAAAUAAUAGAGGGAGGGCUAAUAACACUGGCACUCUUGUUAUUACAGAUCCCACACGAAUUAUAUUGGCUCCAAUUAAUGCUGAUAUUACUGUUGGAGAAAAUGCCACCAUGCAAUGUGCUGCUUCCUUCGAUCCCGCCCUGGAUCUCACAUUUAUUUGGUCCUUCAAUGGCUAUGUGAUUGAUUUUAACAAAGAGAACAUUCAUUACCAGCGGAAUUUUAUGCUGGAUUCCAAUGGGGAACUACUCAUCCGAAAUGCCCAGCUGAAACAUGCUGGUAGAUACACGUGUACCGCUCAGACAAUUGUGGACAAUUCUUCAGCUUCAGCUGACCUUGUUGUUCGAGGUAAAAACAGAAAAGAUGGAGAGAAAAACAUGGUGGAUCCUUUUCUCCCCGUCUGUGCCAGCCUGCCUCCAACCUGGUGAUCGUUGACACUCACCAUUUGUGUGAAAGCCUUUUUUCUUUUUUUCUUUUUUUUAACGUAUUAUACUAGAUUUUACUAAUUAACUCAAUCUUGUAGCUUCUGCAGUUUUCCCUUCCAAUCUAGUUCUUAGAGGAUUUUUCCUUUUGAAACUUCUAAACAUACUUUUGAGCAGGAAGAUACUUAAAAAUAUAAUUAUAUGGCUUCACUAAUAUGAAAAAUGGCUUAUGAACUAACCGAGUACAUCUUAAAAUGGCCAAGUGAAAUUUUUGUGUUUUCAUGCCCUGUUUUUCUUUGAAAUUACAUAUCUCAGAAAUUAGCUCAUUAUCUGAAAAAAAUUAUGAAGAACUGGUGAAUUAUAAUAUAGGGGUAUUGCCACUGAAUGGACUGUUUGAUUUAGCCAAGCAGGUAAUGAACAGUGUUGUUGUCAAAUUCACUAAGCAGUCAUCUUAAUUAGGACACAUACUAAGGGACAUUACUCCAGUAGUCUUUUGUAUCCUGGUCCCAUAUAAAUUAUUUGGCAAGAAUGGAUGAAAAGCAACAAUAAACAACUCAAGACUGCCUAUGGCUCUGUGGGGUUUUUGGAACAAUUCCUGGGAUUGAGAAGUGAAAAUGGACAGCAUGUUGAGAAAAUUGUCAUCUCAGUAGCAAGGUUUAAGUGAAGAUACCAAGCCAUUAAUUGCAUGCAUGCAUAUUUAAUUUUAUUAACUCCUACCAUCAGCCUCUUGGAUCUUUAAUUUGGGCAGGAAGUUUGAUACUCUUACUGGAAGGACUUAAGCAUAACUGAAGGAUAAAAAGGAAGUGUAUAUAAUUCUUUCUGGAACAGCUUAAAUUUCAUUAUUUGAAAAUACUUUCAUUUUCUCCCAUUAGUCAAAGAGAUAUACUUAAAAUUCUUGUUGCUUCACCAGAAAUAGUUUUGCUCUUAAACACAUUUAUAUUUAGGUAUAGGGUAUCAUAUGAACUUCUCAUUUAGUAAAUCAAGCAACUCCAUCUGUUGUUGGAAUAAGUCUCAGGAAAGCUUAAGGAAUAUAGAUAUGACUGUUCAAUACAUAUGUAGUGUUCUUUUUAAAAUAAUUCAUUAGUCAUCAUAAAGGAAUACAUAUCUCUGGAUCAAGAUGUUAUUAAUUUCCAUAUUUAUUUUUUUUAAGUUUUGUAGUCUCAAUCAUUAUCACAGAUAGAACAAUCUUUGAGUUUAGAUCCAAAUCAAUUGGCAUUUUAAUAAGAUAUUUAAAAUUAAUUUGAGAUUCUCAUGUACCUUAAGUAUCAUCAUGGAGACAUAUGCAUGAAUCAUCAUUGUGGGCAUCUUCUUAUCUAGUUCAUAAAUGAAAGUAUACCACCAAGACCUGAUGGGAAUAUAGUCUUGAAUUUAAAUACUAGAAAGGAAAUCACAUGAUAAAUAUGACUUUCUUAUUGCCAGGAAAGGGAGAAUAUUCUUGUUUAAAUAAACUUCAUUGAUGACAAGUAGAGGUUCUCAUUACUAAUGGAUCUAAGUUCACUUUUGUAAAUGUUAGAGAUUAAAAGACUACUAUACUCCUAUUAAACGGUAGAGAUGUUUACUAUUCAGCUUCAUCUUAGGACAGCUUUAAACAUUGAAGAAACCACAUGACAUUGAACUGUGUUUCAUAACAUUAUGGUAGAGCCAUUGUCUUAAUUAAUUUUGAGAACAGAAAUAGGCCUGUAAUAAUAAAGGGCAUUUAGCUGACACAAUCUGGUAAAAAAGUCACCUGUCUUAAUAUAACUGAUGUUCUUUCACUAAUGUCAUCUUAAGAUUAUUUUGUUUUAAAAGGGAAGAUAAUUUCCGCUGAAAAGGCUUUGUUUCCUCAACAUUUAAACUUUUCAUUAAAAUUUGCUCUUUUAGUAAAAAUAAACAAUGAACCACAGAAUAUUUGCCUGUGGUGUUUGCUUUAAUUACUUACUGGUAAUUGCAGGUGGAAAGAGAGUGAUACUAGAUGUCUUUCAUGCUUACAACAGCUCUGGAACAUGAAGGUUUAUAUUAAAUGCACGUGCCAUGUGGAAGAGAGUCCCAAAAGGACCAGGAAUUUGGGGUCCAGUUGUUUAAAAAAUCAGGGUUUAAGAGGAAGAAAGCACAUUUGUAUUUAGUAUUUAGUAUUGUAUUUAGUAUUUCUAAAUAUUUAGUAUGUAUUUAGUAUGUCUAAGUACUAGCAUAGACUCAAGCGAUGCCUGGGGGCAGUCAAGGCUGCUAUGCAUCCUGUUUAAUUCUGGAGGGUCCCAAUUUCAAAUCUUCUAUCCCAUUUGAUUCAUCAGAAAACAUGUCUCAAUUAUUGACUGAGAAAAUAUGGCCAGCCUAUAAUAUGCAAAUAAUCAUUUUUUAAAGAUUUUUAUUUAUUAAUUUGAGAAAUGUAGGGAUAGAGAGAAAGCAUGAGCAAGGGUGAGUAGCAGAGGGCGAGGGAGAGGCAGACUCACCGCUGAGCGAGGAUUCUGAUACAUGACUCGCUCCCAGGACCCUGGGAUCAUGACCUGAGCUGAAGGCAGAUGCUUAACCAACUGAGCCACCUGAGCACUAAUAAAUAAUCAUUUUGAAAGUACUUUUUUUGGGGGGACGAUGCUAUUUUUCCUCAAAUGUCUAAACUCUUUUUCAUUGAAUGUUACUACAUUUCUAAAGAAGAAAUGACUGAAUUAAUAGAUAAUUGUGUUCUCACUUAUUUUUUCCUCUGAUUACUUCACAUAUGAAUAAGAACUGAGUGGAGACCACAUCUGUAUUUUGUUCAUACAUAGGUAUUUUUUCCUAAAGACACUGGUAAGAUUCAGGAAAGACUAACAAUACUUUCAGGGUGAUCAAGAAAAGCUGGGGCUGAAUUGUGUGUAAUUUAUAAAUGGGUGAUGUGUUGAUGUUCAUUUAUCUGAGUUAACAGAUCAAACAAAGAUUUAAAAAGCUAUGGUCAAUGUAUUACAGUUUUUGUCAUUUUUUUUCUUAAAUAUAUAGCUGUGCCCAUGUAAUUCAUAUGAUUUCCACCAAGAAAGGUCUCUAAAUAAAUAAAUAAAUAAAUAGUCUCCAAAGAAAAGCUCAAUACCAUUUUUUUAAUUUGAUUCUGAUAAUGCUGUUUUAAAUGAUUGUACUGUAUUUAUUGAAAAGUUGGUUUCAUGGCAGAUUGGUUGUUUACAUCCUAGCUUUGUCAUUUGCUAGCUAGAUGACUGUGGUCAUUUAAUCUGUCCAUGUCUCUGUUUCCUCUUCUGUAAAUAGGGAAAAUAAUGGCCCUACAUCAUUAGGUUAUUGGUAAGAAUUAUGAAAGAUUUAGCACUUACUUCAAUAUAAUAAGGACUCAAUAAAAUAUUCUUAUUAAAAUAUAUAAAAUUUUUAUUUGCUAACCUUUUAUGUCCUGUAAAUUUUAUGUUGUUAUGAGUUCACAUUUGUUUAAAAAAUACAGACAAAUCUAAGAAAACAACAGGAUAAAGUGGUCAGUGUUCAGGUAGUUCUUUGGAGGUCUUUUGCAGACAGGCACAUUUGGGUGACAAGAUCUAAAUUUCAAAUGGGCUUUUUCUCACUUCAUGUGGGUUAUGCUGGGAAACCCAGUCUCUUGUCCUAAUUCUUUCUGCACUCUCUUACAGACUAGCUGUAAUAACUCUUCUAAAAUUUAGCACCUUUGGUUAAUGUACAGAUAUCACUUUAUGUGAGCUCUAAAAUGUGUGUGAUCUGUAUUACACGUUGAAAUGUUUGUUAUUUGCCUGCAACCAAUGAUUUCAUAGUUAAAACAUUGAGAAACUAAAAAAAUAAAAAUAAAAAAAUAAAACAUUGAGAAACUGGAGAAAUUUGGGAAAAGAGAGUAUAGAUGUGGCAAAUUGAGACUGCAUUGAACCACAGAAUGAUAGAGGACCAUUCUGGCUAUUUCUACAGCCCUUCAGUAAGCUAAAAAAAAAAAAAAAAAAAAAAAAAAGAUAGAAACAAGCUUUAGUAAUUGUAGACUCCUGCCUGACUUUGAAGAACCCACAAUGUAGAAACAUAACACUAACAACAACUUUGGUAGACCACUAAUUAUCCCCCGUAGGUGAGAUUUUAUGGAGUGUUCUCAAUCAGCAAUCUCGGAGAGGGAUAUUUAAAGCCAGAGGGGGGAAAAAAAAACAUAAUGAGUGAAAAACAAGAAUAGUAAGAGAGAGGGUAAUGCAACUAGAAAAGGAAAUAUAUAGUGGCAGUCUCCAUGGGGAGGAGUAAAGAAAAGUAGCUCUAAGAAAGCAAGGAAGUUGGGAAUAGAGCACUAUGAUUUUGAAUCGGAAAAGGAGAUGCAGAGUAUCAACACUGAAUUUGCACUGCUAAUUCUAUAAAAAGAGAACUUGGCCAGACUGUCUUCAUAAAAACUAAAAACAAUAAGUAUGCUUUAAAUAACUUUUUAUCUCCUCCCCCAGAUCUUUCUCACUUUUCUCUUCAUUUCCUUCUCUUUCCCCCUUCCUAAGUAUUUAACAAUGGUAAGAAGAAUCGAAAGAAAGCUUUUGCGAACACUAGUCAGAGAAAUAGCCCACUUCCUCCAAACCCCCCCCACCAGCGAUGUUUAAUGAUUAAAAAUAAAAGAAAGAAAAUGGAAUGUUAAAAUAAUUUCUUAUCUAAUAUAUCUAGACAUUUAAAAUGCAUGUCAAACUCCAAAAGUCCUUUCUAUCUAACCAAUGUCUGUGUCUCAUUACAAUUUAAAUUUGGCAUAAAUAGCAUUCUUUGGAACCAUUAGCUAUCUGCCUGAGGACCACCUAAGAAAUCACUAUUAUUCUACAUAUUAGUAGAGUAGUAAUGAAAUAGGCUGCAUGUUACAGUCUAUUUUACUUACAUUUUUCUGGCUUCUAUUCUCUACUAAUAGAUAUCUUGAGAGUGUUUGUACAACAAUAGGAGCUUAAAGAGGAAGAGAGAGAAAUGGGAGAGAAAAAGGAGGCAGAGAAAAAGUGAGAAAGAGAAGGCAAAGAAAGAGAAAGAGAGAAAGGGAGAGAGGAAGGACUCAGACUCAGAAUCAUGUAUUGCUUUUUUUUCCCCCCAUUGAUGACGGAUAAUCAUGGGUGAUCAGUUCCUAAUGCCUUUUUGUGUGUGUGCUGAGGAGCAAGUAGUUGCAUUUAUUUUUUUUCUACUGUAAUACUUGUUUUCUCCAUUCUGAACAGAAAAACUGAACAAGUGGUAUCUGCUACACUGCUUUGAAAAUCUUCCUCUGGGAGACAGUACAUACCGGCCCUGAGUUGAACUCCCAGGCUGUGCAAGCUUGUCUCUAUAGUACCACUCCUCCAUUUUUGUUACAUCUCGAUUUCUUAGUAUAAACUAAGGGACUCACAUUCCCAACUUUUCCUCAUCUUCAACAAAUUUAUCAGAAAACACUUUAUUCUUAAAUGAAAACAAGUGGUAAAUAAACAAUCUGAUGAAUAGAUCCCUCCCAAUUAUUAACAAAUACUAAUAAUUAUUCCUGCUAAGUAGCUCAGAUGCCUAGAAGGCUCUCACAGGAAUAAACACAAUAAUACUUUUAAUAGCUAGUUUACUGAGGGCUUUCUAUGGGACCAGGUCUACCAUUACAUUCCUUAAAAGAUAUUAUUUCAAUCCUAAAAAAACAAUUCUACAUCAUCAAUUUUUAUUACUCCUAUUUUACAGAUGAGAAAAUGGAAACUUAAUAAAUUUGAAAAAUUUGCCCAAGAUAAAUCAAGUCACAAAAUUUUAAGUCAAGCCUAUUUUAAGCUCUAAAAUAUCUGCCUUUAAUAAUAUUUUUCUCUCAGGUAUUUUCCAGGAGAUAUUUGUAAUUGAUUAUUAGAUGGAUAGGUCUGCUCUGCAUUACUAGGUAACAUUGCCACACCAGGGUUUUGAGGAUAUUAACCAACACCUUUCCAUUUGUUCUCUUAACUUCACCUCUUUAUGAUGGUAUUCCAGGCAAACGGAAGUAUGGAGCUUGUAUUGUGGUGACUGCUAUGUUUAUAGAACUAUCUGAAAAAAAAAAAAAAAAGAACUAUCUGAAAUUCAAU